AUGGCAGUGCGGUUCCUUGCUGGCAUUGCCUUCCUCUUGGAGUGGGCCACUGCCGCCGGUUCUUUCCUGGACAAGCCCUGGCUGAUGGCAGGGCUGUUGGCAAAUCAGAUCAGCCGUGGAUUCAGGGCAGCCCAUCCCUCGGUGAGUGAGGAAGUCUCCUUUGCUGCUUCUAGAGGGGUGGAGGAGCGUGGAGCGUGCCGUGAGGACUCGGGGCCAGGAGCAGAGAAUGCUGGAGUUGCUGCUGGCUCCGACGAAGAGGAGAAGGGCUUUGGAGAGAGGCCAUACAGCUCUCACCAACAUCAAUCUCUCAGGCUGCACCAACUCGAAAGUGUAAAAUUAGAGACACCACCAGGAUCAGGAUGCCUGCUAGACGGAUUGGCCUCUGCUGAUGAGGAUGACGAUGGAGCAGGUGGCUAUGACUACGAGGACUAUGGCAGAGAGGAGCCUGCCAAUGAUACACCCGAAAGAGUCAAGGAUGUCGAGGCUGAGGAUGGCGAAAACUGGGAUGAUGACUAUGAGCCCCUGCCUGUUGUGGUCCCACCAUCUGAAGAGAGAAAAUCAGUGUGGGCAUCCUACAGCGAGAGGUGCAGGCAGCAGCAGCCAGAUGAGGCCUCCCUGGACAAGCUUGGGAGCAUUGUGAGCACGGGAGAGCCUGAGAGUAAAUAUGCUGAAGCCGAAAAGCUUGGCCAAGGGAGCUAUGGAGCUGUUUAUCGUGCUGUUGAGAUGGCCACAGAACGAGAGGUGGCCAUCAAGCACAUCCGUGUGGCUCCAGAGGACGAGGAGUAUGUGGUAAACGAAAUCCUCGUGAUGCGGGACCAUAAGAGCCCAAACAUUGUCAGCUACCUGGACAGCUAUCUGGUGGGUGCUGAGCUAUGGCUGGUCCUGGAAUAUCUGGCUGGAGGCUCCCUGGGGGAUGUGGUUAAGGCAACCCAGAUGAAUGAAGAACAAACAGCAGUGGUUUGCAGGGAGUGUCUGCAAGGUCUGGAUUGCCUUCAUUCCAACAACAUCAUCCACAGGGAUAUCAAAGGCUGUAACAUCCUGCUUGGGAUGGACGGGUCUGUGAAACUGGCUGAUUUUGGCGUCUGCGCUCUGCUCACCCCUGAGCAGAGCAAGAGGACCAGCUACGCUGGAACUCCACACUGGAUGGCUCCAGAGAUCCUGAAGGAAGAGCCCUAUGGUGCCAAGGUGGACAUCUGGUCCCUUGGCAUCACGGCAGUGGAGAUGGCCGAAGGAGAGCCUCCCUUUGCCAGCGAAAGUGACAACAGGGUGUGUGAUCUGCUAGCUGCUGGUGAGACACCAAAGCUGCAGAACCCUGAGGAGCUCUCUGCUGCCCUUCUCAGCUUCCUUCAGUGCUGCCUGGAGGUGGAUGUGGACAGGCGCUGGUCUGCCAGGGACCUGCUGCAGCACCCAUUUGUGACAUCAGCGGGGCCAGUCUCCAGCCUGAUCCCGCUGAUCACUGCAGCCAAGGAAGCCAGGAACAGCGGCCAUUAGUGCCUGAGGCCGGGUCCUGCUGUGACAUCUGGGAGCAGGACUCAGGAGAACAACUCGGCACAGCCUUGGCUCUGGUGCUGCAGCACGGAGGGACAGCUCACAGACCCGUCCUCACAGUCUUGGCCUCUCCAACAUAAAUAGGAUUGUUAGUGUUCCCUAGGAAUAGAUAGGAUCAUUAGUGUUCUGUAGGAGUAAAUAGGAUAAGUUGUGUUUUGUAGGAAUAGAUAGGGUAAGUUGUGUUCUUUAGGAAUAAAUAGGAUAAGUUGUGUUCUGUAGAAGUAGGAUAAGUUGUGUUCUGUAGGAAUAGAUAGGGUAAGUUGUGUUCUGUAGGAAUAAUAGGAUCAUUAGUGUUCUCUAGGAAUAGAUAGGAUAAGUUGUUGGAAUAAAUAGGAUAAGUUGUUGCUACAGCGUGCACUCUGUCUUUGCAUGGCUGUGAUACUGCCCACCAGCACAUUUCUGUUGAUAGUGUGCAUUAAGGAAGCACAUCUGCAAGGAGUCAAUUGACUGGGACCCA